AACAAAGGAGAUAGUUGAGAGCUUCUCUCUCCUGGAAAUUUCUCCCCAAUUCUUUUCCGUCGAUGAAUCUCACGGUCGGUAUGUUUCUCUGAAUUUGUUUUGCUAUUGCUGUGUUUAGUCGGAAUAUAGGUAUGCCGUUUCCUGGAUUUGAGACUGACUCCACGAUUUACGGUCUAGAACCCUAGUUACGAGGAGUUUUAUGUCCAAUUUUACUGUUCAUACGCUUGAUAAUCUGCUAUUGCUGGAAUGAUUGCUGUGUUUGGGAACGAUUUUGCUGUAAAACCUGUUUUGGGAACUGACAUAGGUGCUGCGGUGCUGCUCGCACUUCAAAACUGGACCUUCUAAGCUGGGAGGAUACAUCCCCUGCGACGAAGGCCUAUUUUUGACCUGCGACUAGCCCCCUUUUCGCUAAUAUCUGUGGUUAUGGCGAGAAAGAAGGCCGUGGAGGCAUCCACAAUGCGAACUAGGUCCAAUUUUGCCCUUCUUACAUUGAUGAAGAAUUCCCUGUUCUCCCAUCUGGGAAGGAAAAAGCUGGGGGGAAUCCCAGUAAAGAUGGACUCUUGACCUCUGCAGGGGAAGCUGAAACUGCAGGGCCUUCUCCUACUCCUGAGAACUCUUCUGCUAUGAACUCUAUUGUUGGGAACUCUUUUGUGAAAUCUACGGCCAAGGCUGGGCUGACUGCAGGAACUGCUGCACUUUCAAGGCUUUCCGGAAAAAAUGCUGAAGCACGGGUAGAUGCUAAAACUGGGCAGACUGACAAUGCUACCAUACCAGGUGGUAAACCUGCUGCUGCUGGGACUUCCUAUGCUGCUGCUAACAAGCACACCUUGAGUGGGGAGGUCAAUAGAACUCCUGGAGGUGUAACAGCAGGUGAAGCUAACACAUUAAUUGGGUCUGCUGCGAAAUUAACUACUAAGGCAGUAACUGUUGGGAGUCCUUUGGCAGUAAUUCCUAUGCAGACUAUUGGGGUGUUACAGCAAUUGAAAAACGGGCUCCGGUGCCACGGGCAGAACCGGAAUCUUGGAAGGCUUUGUUUAGGAUAAUCAUGAUUUGAGUCACGGUUUUAAACUAAGAUAUAUCCCUCCUAAAGGUGAGACAUUGGAUUUUGGAGAUCGAGUUUUACCGACUAUGGUUGAAAUGUGUGGCUUUUGCCUAGUUGGACACUUCACCGGAAAUUUCCCCGGACUCAAAGCGGUUCAUGAUCUUCAAGCAAAAUGGGGUGUCAAAUGCCUUGUGAGGUCCCACAAAAAGGGUUGGUUGAUUUUUAAAUUUCAAAGUGGAGAGGAUAGAUCAAAGGUGCUACUUGGAGGACCGUACACCGUGUUUGGGAAACUACUAAUACUCAAGGAACUUUCGGAAAAUUUUUCGUUUGAGGACGAAGAAUUUUUAAAAGUUCCAAUUUGGGUUAAGUUCCAUGAUUUACCUAUGCAACUAUGGAAUGAUGAGGCCAUGAGUGAGGUUGCUUCCAUGGUUGGGGUCCCGAUAGCUACGGAUAAAAUCACCAAAGAGAGGAUCAACAACGACUAUGCUAGAGUUUUGAUAGAGGUUGACAUCUCGAAGCCGCCGCCACUCUCGUUUCAUAUACGGUUACCUUCCCAAAAGGUAUUCAAGCAAAGUGUGGUUUAUGAAACUUUUCUUAGUUAUUGUUUUCAUUGCAAAGAAUAUGGGCACCACCCAUUUAUUUGUAAGAAGCUAUGUGGGGUUAGGGCAAACAAAGAAAAGGAAAAAAUUGAUGUUUUAGGUGAUAAAUCUGUUGGAGUCGGACCUGUUUCUGCUCGGCCAGUAGCUUUUGCACCUGUUAUUGAUCGGCCAGUAGCUGUGGAGGUAAACCCGACCGGGUUGGCCCCUAACCCGACCGGGUCACAGGCAGAUUCUACUGCCAAAGGCUCAAACCCGACCGGGUCAAGCCUGAACCCGACCGGGUUACAUGGGCAGACUGCCCAGAAGAGUGAAUUGCCUGCUGCGAAGGAAAGAAAGACAAUAGGCCAACUCUUGGGUGUGAAAACUAACCACGAAUCUUCCGAGGAUGAAGAUGACGAGUUCUUUUUGGAUGAAAAUGAAAGGAUAAUAACGAGGGAGACUGACUUGCACCAAAACGAUGUAGUAACUAAAUGUGAGGUGGUCAAUGGUAUGAAAUUCCGGCUGUUUGUUAAACCUUUUAAAUUUGUUCAUUCUAAUGUGAUUAAAGUUGAUACCUCUCUUCGCCUUACGGAUGACUUGGACAAAAAGGGCCUAACCUUCACCGUCAAAUGUCUUGAGAGGCUCCCGGGAGUUACAAAGAAGAAAGGGGAGAUUCGUUUUGAUUCAAAGUUAACGACUCCUUUCCGAUUUUUCUUUGGUGGUUAGUUUAGUGAUACCUUUUCUCGUAGCUGGGUUUGUGGGUUGUUUUUGUCUUUCCUAAUACUGUUAGGGUUCAUGAUGUGUGAUUUGUGAGAAUGUAUGCCUUGAUUUUGUGGUAUCCCGUGACCUGGGAUAUGCACCUUGCUUGUAAUCGUGAUGCAUUGUACUAUGCUAUUUUUCUGAAUAUAUAUAUACUUACAUUUUAUCAAAAA